AGACCAGUCUGGGUUCUGCCUUUCGCCGGCGAACGGGGCGCCCAUGGCCGCGAUGAAAAAACUGUUGUCUGUGAUGGCCGUGCUGGUGCCUACAGAAGCUGCCAGUUGCCCGUGGACAGAGGAUUGGGAAUGGGAAGGCGUUUUUCACGUCCACUAUGGUGGGGUCCUGACAUGGAUCGCUCAAAAAGUGGACGGAGCCUAUGCAGCUGCCAGUAUGAAGAUGGUGAUCCGCACCACCAGCGGGUCCAGCAAAUCGGGCUUGGAAGCCGCUGAGUCGGCUGCGCUGUCGGACUGGAAUGGCAACUUCACAACUGUGAACAACGGAGACACCUUGAGUCCCAACAACGCAUACGAGAUGGUCUUCGACACGACCUCGUGGGUCACCAUGUUCAAGAUCAAUGUCCCGCCAGAGACAGAGCUGGCGUUCUUCUGUGAGCACGUUCCAUCAGAAUUCGUUUCUGGUGGCUUCAACUAUUUGAUCUCAGAAGCUGGCAAGGUUAUGACCACGGCGUACAACGUGUCUGCUUUGACAAGCUGCAACGAGGAUUCAGGUGCUCAGAGCAAGAACACGGACCUCAUUGGGGAGGUCUUGGCCGCGUCAUUCGUCACGACGCUCCCGACCUUGUUGGGCAUUGGAGUUCUGAUGUUCACCUGCCAAGGUGCAGCUCAAUAUGCUGGCACCUUCAUGCACUAUUCGAAUUCCGCAGCCAGCGGCGUGAUUUUCUCUGUGUCCGUGUUCCUGCUGAUGCCAGAGUCUUACCUCAUGAUGAUGGGAGGCAAAAGCGAGUCCGCUGCCGCGGCUGCAUGGGGAAGUUGCCUGCUGGCCGGUUGGCUCAUCGGGAUCAUGGUCCAUCAGAUCUCCCACUUGCUCAAGAAGGAAAAAGCUGUGCCCGAGGACACUGCGGUGGCGAACGUUGAAACCGGUGAAAAGACUGAAGAACUUCAGGUUCCCAAAAAAGUGGACUGGAGUGCCGCUAUCCCAGUGUUUUGGGGCGACUUUAUCCACAACAUUUCGGACGGGAUGGUUUUGGGUUUCGCCUUCUACGCCUGUGGCACCGGCUUCGCUUGGAAGUUGGCGGGCGGAAUCAUCGCGCAUGAGCUGCCGCAGGAACUGGCGGAUUUUUAUGUCUUCAUCAACAAGGCCGGCAUGAAAUGGUACACUGCUGUGUUCCUGAAUUUCAUCUCAGGUUUGUCCUGCGUCAUUGGAGCGGUGAUGGCCUAUUACAUCGAUGUGAGCUCCGAGAUCAGGGGCGCCUUCCUCGCCAUAGGCGCAGGCGUCUUCCUCUACGUGGCUUGCACUGAACUGGGACCGCAGGUGGCAGAAACGCACAAGGGCGCAGAAAGACGUCUGUUGAGCAGCUUGGGCACGAUCGUCCUGUGGCUCCUGGGCGCUGCAGCCCUGGGCCUGGUGCUGCUCGACCAUGAGCAUUGCUACCUGCCGGCGGAUCCAGAUACGCCUGCGGAGGAUCUCCACAAUGGCCAUGCGCACUGAGCCGGUACUUCAACCGUGGAAAGGCCCAUGUCCAAGACACCUGGGCCGGGUCGGUGGUGAGUCGGACCAUAGGCCGCAAAACUGAAUGUUUUACAGUAUGUUGUACCGCGACGAGCAGUUGCGUUGCGAGACGUCUUCUUUGUGGUGUUGCCGCAGACAGACAUUCGCCCG